CACACGCGUGCACACACACUACACACACACACACGCACACACAUACCUUGCCAUCUGUUGACAUAUGCAGCUGUUCAAAAAUAGCCCUCUACCAGAAGCUUCCCUGAGUGGCCCACAGAUAGGCAGAGCAGAGAUCUUGUCUGCACAAGUUGUUGUGUUUCUGCUAUGACCACAUGUCACCCAAGACUGUUUGCCUGAAAAGGAUUACAAAAUGUAUAUCUGUUCGUUGUGAUUUUGGCAGCAGGGAAUUUCUUUUUGCUGGUAAUUUCUGUUCCCUGAGCCAGAAGUGAAAGCUUGAGUUUGUGCAAACAGAAGUGAAAAUGGAACCCUUUCCUGACCAGUUCAUGGAAUUCCAUCCCAUCCAUGGUACCAACGUCAGACUGGACCACUCUGGAACGCAGGCCACCAGAGUGGAGAGCUUUGCAAAUGGAGUGUGUUUCAGCAAACAACCUCUGAAGCCCGGUGAGAUAUUUCUCAUAGAGAUUGAGGAUAAGGAGCUGGGCUGGUGUGGCCACCUCCGGGUCGGCCUGACUGCCAGGGACCCCAGGGGCUUAGAGGUGGUACCUGAAUACUCCAUCCCGGACCUGACAGAGUUAGGAGACAGUUGGGUAUUUGCCAUCACUCGGAACCACAACAAGAUCAUAGAGGAUGCUGAAGCAGAGGGUGUGAAUGAGGGACCAGAACCUGCAUGGACAGACCAGUGUUGAAACUCAAAUCAGCGCAGCGUGUUUUGAAAGUGAUGGGAUCAAAUCAACAAGUCAAGGUUCAUCUGUUGACCUUGGGAGAAAAAUUGUGAAGAGGAAUUAAAAUGAAAUUAUGCUGGUCUGGCUACACAUAAUCAAAUAAAACUAAGACUCUAUGGUGA